CAUUAAUGAAAAAAACAAAAAAACAAAAAAACUCAACUCCAAAAAUGCUAACCAUUUCGCAGCCCUUUUGUGGUUACCCUUUAGAGGAUCUGAGAAGCCGUGAAGUGCUUCUACAGAACACGAUGAUGUACGAUAAUCUUGCAGAAACAGAAACCUCUGCGGAAUCCCUUCUCAAUAAUUCUCCCACUUUUCAUCAUCAGAAAAAGAGAAAACAACAAGAAGAUCAAGAUGGAUGCAGCAAUCACGAACCCGUUAAGAUGGCGAAGAAGAUUAAUCAUAAUGCGAGUGAAAGAGAUCGACGUAAGAAAAUCAAUGGCUUGUAUUCCUCUCUUCGCUCUCUUCUUCCACCCGCAUAUCAAGAGAAAAAAUUAAGCAUCCCUGCAACCGUUUCUCGGGUGCUAAAAUACAUCCCUGAGUUGCUAAAAGAAUUGGAAGCAUUAGCCCAAAAGAAGGAAUGUCUUGCAAGAAAAUUAUCUGACCAAGAAAAUUCAGCAUCUCACAAAAGGCGAAAACUAAGUUCAACCACAAGCUCGACAUCUUUAAUUGUUUCUUUGUCCCAAUUAAAUGAUCGAGAAGUGAUGAUUCAAAUAACAACCAUGAAGUCUAGCAGUUGUCUGUUUGCUAAAGUUCUUUCAAAGUUGGAGCAGAAUGGCCUUGUUUUACUGGAUUCAUCCUGUUUUGAGUCCUCCCAAGGGAGGGUCUUCUACAAUUUGCAUCUUGAGGUAUGUCUAAAUCUUAGUGCUUUUUUUUUUUUUUUUGGUGGUAAAAUGUAAAAUUUUCUUUUAAGCUCAAAACGCAUCAAAUGAUGUCCUAUAUUUUGCACUCACAAUCUAUUACAAAAUUAUGGAACCAUACCAUUGGGUUUUUUUUUUUUUAAAAAAAAAAACGAAUGUCAUUAUUACUACCUUAAUUUCCUACAAUGAUAUUGUACCCUCCAUAUAAUUUAUUUAUUGAUCUCCUUCACCCUUGGCUUUCGCUUUUUUUUUGUUUUUUUUUUUAUUCAUGUUUUUACAUAAAUGAUGGAGGGAAGUUAGGCGAUUGUAUAGUUACAGGUGGCGAGAAUCAACUUCAGAUGAACAAGAAUGAUAAGGAUAAUACCCUGCAUUAACUUAUUUGUUAACCUGUAUUUCUUUUUUUUUUGUGGGGCCUGAAUUUACUAUAAAAAUGUUUUUGAAUUACUCCCUUUAAUAAAAAUGUUUCUGAACUCAAAAUUGCAUAGAAAUCAUUUGUCAGAUUAGAUGUUUUAAUGUAGAUAGAGAGAUCCAUUAAGAUAGGCACAAAUUAACCCUAAAAUUUCCGUCCAUUACUUGGAAUGCAAGCAAAAGGAAAAGAAAAAUGGAGAAUUUGCAAAGUUAGCUUAUAUUUUGUCCAUUGUUGAAUUUGAAAGGUGACUGGAGCUCAAGCCACAGACAUGGAAGGAUUAAAAAGGCAGCUUGUAUCAUUGGAUGAGAAUCAAGAGGAGCUUCUCCUCUCAAAUUUCAAAUCUAUUGGUCAGCUUGCAGAGAUUUUCUAUAAAUAAUUAAUCCGUUAUUCCUUUCGUCCCAUAAAAAAGAAAAACUAUAGUCGUGUUUUAGUUCGGCAGAUGGAAACUUAUUUUACUUUGGGACGAAGAAAGAAAUGAUGCGAUAUAGAUUGCAGAUAUAUAUAAACUAUAAAAGUUACCUAAGCUGUAAAUAGGUUGGUAAGGUGUAUUAAUGGAAUAAAAUUUUUGUAGUAGUUUUAUUAUUCCAAUCACGGUAUUUUUAACUACCAAUCUAUAUUAUCUUACAUAAUCACAUCUUUGUUUCUUACUUUUAAAAUAAAUGAUGAUCUCUCUCUUUUACAUACUGCCUCCGUCCAAA